CAGAGUGACCCAUAACAGAAAUAGUGGGCGCCCCCUUAUAUAUAGCUCUCUUACUCGACCAUUCCUCUUUUCAUCUUCAAACCUCCCAUAAAUACAUACAACAAAUAAGGCGAAAAAGAAAACAUUUCAUUUAGUUUAUUUGUUUCGAUUUUUGAUUGAUUGAUUUAUUUUUUAAGUGGGGCGCUUUGCAGGGUGUGUAAAAAUCAAAACUCAAAAAAAUCAAAAAAAAAAAAGAAAAAAAAAAAAAAAAGAGAGAAAGGGCUUUGUGGGGAUGCUAGAAUUUAGCGGGGAGACACCAUAAAAAGUACGCUGGCUGUGCUAUAUAAUAUAUGUGAGGAGGAGGAAGUGGUGGUGGUUGCGGUUGCCGAGGAAGAGGAGACCCAGUUGCUCUUGGAAACAAGAAGAGGAGAUUUCCGAGAGCUUCCGAUGGCUUCUCAUGGCGCCUCCGAUCUCGAUUCUGGUUCCCGAAAGGUCCACGAUGAGGACCACCUCGCCAUUGAAGUCCCUGAAACCGCUCAUCAGAUUAGCAGCGAUUCGUGGUUUCAAGUGGGUUUUGUUCUGACCACCGGGAUCAACAGUGCAUACGUUUUGGGAUACUCAGGAACCGUCAUGGUUCCUCUGGGUUGGGUAUUCGGCGUAGUUGGCCUCAUCGCCGCGACGGCGAUUUCGCUGUAUGCGAAUACUCUCGUUGCCAAGCUCCAUGAAUUUGGUGGGAAAAGGCAUAUCAGAUACAGAGACCUUGCAGGAUUUAUAUACGGGAAGAAAGCUUAUUCUCUCACAUGGGGGUUGCAGUAUGCCAAUCUUUUCAUGAUCAACACUGGAUUUAUCAUCUUGGCGGGUCAAGCACUAAAGGCUGUGUAUGUUCUUUUCAGAGAUGACCAUUUACUGAAGCUCCCAUACUGUAUUGCCAUAGCUGGGGUUGUUUGUGCACUGUUUGCCAUUGGUAUACCACACUUAUCAGCUCUUCGGAUUUGGUUGGGAUUUUCAACAUUCUUUAGCCUUGUAUAUAUUGUUACAGCAUUCGUGUUGUCGCUUCGAGAUGGAAUUAAAGCACCAGAAAGGGAUUAUAACAUCCCAGGUACAAGAACAGACAAGAUAUUCACCACAAUCGGAGCAGCUGCAAAUCUGGUUUUUGCUUUUAAUACAGGAAUGCUUCCAGAGAUACAGGCAACAGUUAGGAAGCCCGUUGUUGGGAACAUGCUAAAAGCUCUCUACUUUCAGUUCACAGUCGGAGUUCUUCCCCUGUAUGCCGUUGCUUUUAUGGGGUACUGGGCUUAUGGAUCUUCGACUUCGACUUACUUGCUCAACAGUGUCAGUGGUCCGGUUUGGAUAAAGGCAGCGGCGAAUCUCUCCGCCUUCCUGCAAACAGUGAUUGCUCUUCAUAUAUUUGCGAGUCCAAUGUACGAAUACGUGGAUACGAAAUUCGGAAUUAAAGGAAGUGCAUUAGCACUUCACAACUUGGCGUUCAGAAUCAUGGUAAGAGGUGGAUACCUUGCCAUUAACACACUGGUUGCGGCCCUUCUGCCAUUCCUUGGAGAUUUCAUGAGCCUCACCGGAGCCAUCAGCACAUUCCCUCUCACGUUUAUCCUCGCAAAUCACAUGUACUUGGUGGCGAAGAAGAACAAGCUCACUUCUUUGCAGAAGCUCUGGCAUUGGCUUAACGUUUGUUUCUUUGGUUUUAUGUCUAUUACAGCUGCUAUUGCAGCCUUGAGGCUCAUAGCAGUAGAUUCCAAAACUUACCAUCUAUUUGCUGACCUUUGAUAAUUGAUAUUGUGAUUGUUUCGUCAAA